UUCGUUACAGCGGGCUAAGUGGAACGGCGGUUUUGCAUGGACAUACGAUCGAAACAAUUAUUUUACUUCGACCGGAGAGUGGGAAAGAUUAGUGCGUGUGUCCGGGUACUCUUGUGUAGAGUAAUGUAGUUUUGCAUGUCUCUCCAGUGGAUUGUGCAGUGUGUAUUGAUUUAUCCAUCAAAUUUAUAUCUCAAUCAGACCGCCUAAGAACACCUUUAAUGUGGAAGAAGGCCUUGCGGAGAUUUGCGUAUUUGCGUGUCUGUCGCGACUUGUAAGUUUAGUUUAUUUCUUCUGCUCUGGUCAAGUGGUGCUGCUGUGCGAGUCUGGUUGGUUAGCCGACCAUUCGGUGUUUUAUUUUUUUUUCUUCUGCUCUCAACUCGUGCUUCGAUCUGUGUGUUUUAGUUGGGGCCGGGAAGGUUUCCAUGUGUUGUGUUUUCAAGUUUGAUUUCAAUAAUUCGGCGAACGACAGCUGAGUAUGUUAAAUCAAUUAGUAGAGGCAGGAGUUCCGCGUGCUGAGAUGAAGAUUAGCGAAAGAGCGGAGAUAUCAACAUAACGCGUGGAUGCUGCGUUCCAAAGAGCGACACUUGGUUUGGAGCAUGAUUGAUUAGAAAAUUAUUUGUUCCAUAUCGAUCAACUGGGCGCGUGUUUUGUUCAACGCAACAGCUGAAGAGGAAGAAGUGUUUCUAUACGGUUUACAAAGCGCCGGCAGAAUGUCAAUCAGUGUGAAGAUGUCAUUUAGUGUGGUGUUGUUUGGUUUAAUUUUCUCGUUGCCUGCAAAAGGAAUCGUCGGAGCUGAGUCGGUAUUGUUUGGCAUCAGAGAACCGUGCAUGAACGAGGGCGAGGAGGUCAAAAUUGACAUGGAAUGUUUUAGGUGCAUUUGCAAGAAUGGCUUUGUGGAAUGUGAACAGGAAAGCUGCCCUGCCGUGGAUGAUUGCUAUAUCUACAACAAGAAGACACCGGGAAAGUGCUGUGAUAAAUGCAUAGGUUGCUUGCAUGAAGGUCGCAUGAUCGAUAGUGGCACAGAAUGGACAGACCCCGACGACCCGUGCGAACACUACAAGUGUGUGUCAGGUGUAAUAACGCGAUCGCGCCUCAAAUGCUACUCUCCUUGUUCGAAUCCGCUUCCACUGAAGCACGGUCAAUGCUGUCCUGUGUGUUUAGGCUGCCAGCUAAAUGGCCAACAAGUAACGGGAGAGGCUACCCUGAGUGAGGAUCCUUGCGUGAAGUGUACGUGCGACGGUCGUAAGCUAACUUGCAUGAAGAAAUCAUGUCCCGUGCUGCAGUGUCCAGCCUCGAAACAACUGCGGAACCCGGGUGAGUGCUGCGCUCGAUGUGUGGAACGCCGGGAAGAGGUGAGGAUGGGACUGCAGAAGCAUUGUAUCAUUGGUAAAGCGGUGCAUUUGCAUGGGAAAUCAUAUUCGGCAGAUCAGUGUGCAACCUGCGAGUGCCGAAACGGAACGUCGCACUGUGAGAAGAACACCUGUCCGAUACUGGAGUGUGCCGUCGAGGAUCAAGUGCAAGGACUUGCCGAUUGCUGCCCCUCGUGCCCAAUGCAGGCAGAGUUCAAGUCGACAUGCUCCGUUGGUGGAAAGAUAUACGAAAAUGGCCAGACCUGGAGCCUAAGUGCGUGUGCCUCCUGCGAGUGUCGUUCCGGAGAGAUUCGAUGCGCAAAGAUCCAAUGUACGAAGCCCAAGUGUAAACCGAACGAAACACUGGUAACGCUCGCGAACGAGUGCUGCCCAAAAUGCGUCGAAAGUCCGGGGGUAUGCACGGUAUUUGGAGAUCCCCACUACAAGACGUUCGACGGCAACUUUUACAGCUUUCAAGGAUCCUGCAAGUAUCAGCUGACUGCGGAUUGCAAAAAUCAUACCUUCUCCAUACGAGUCACGAAUGAUGCGAGGCUAACGAAAUCAUCUUCGUGGACUAAAACGGUGACGCUGAAGCUAGGUAGUGUUAAGGUGAAUCUUGGGCAGAAGCUGCGGGUGAAGGUGAACGGAACUCGAAUCGAACCACCCUAUAAGGUAACAGGCGUAUUGGAAAUUCACAAAAGUGUCGAAGGCACGGAGGUAAUUGUUACCAGCGAACUUGGUAUCAAGCUGACAUGGGAUGGGAGCAAUUUUAUACAGGUAGAGGUUCCUACUACGUACAAGAAUAAGUUGUGUGGACUGUGCGGAAACUAUAACAGCGUGUUUCGGGAUGAUCUGUUCUCGAGGAGUGGUGUCAAUAUGACUGAUAAUGUGUGGAGGUUUGCACAGUCCUGGGCUGUUGGGGGAGAGAAAGUUUGCACUCGCCCACGAAAGAAGGAACUUAUAGCGAAAAGCUCACAGUGUAAAACAAAGAAAUUUUUCACAUUCUGCAAAAUUUUAAAGACUGAUGUCUUUGGUGAAUGUAAUUCUCAAUUGAAUCCGGAAAAUUAUUUUGAGUCUUGUAAAUUUGACAUGUGUGAGUGUCCUCACAAACAGUGCUAUUGUGAUAGUCUUGCUGCGUACGCACACGAAUGUCAACGGCAGGGUAUCCGCUUACCAAACUGGAGGCGCAAUACCAAUUGUUAUCCGAACGCGACGAACUCGCUCAUCUUGCCUCAUCAUCCUCAUCCACAAGUACCACAGCUACCACUGCAUCAGGUGAAACAUCACCAGCAGCAGCAGCAUCAACAGCAGCACCAACAGAAAAAUGUGAUAGUAAAACCAAUUCAACGACAUCGAAAAAAACAGCGUAGACUCAAAUUGGUACAAGAAGCAGGCUUUCAACGAACACCACCGCCACUAUAUUCCUAAAUAUUAAACAUCAUCCCAAAAAGCCCAGCGGUAAUGCGCAACACACGAAAGUGUGAGUGAGAGAGUGAAACAUGAUUCGAGUGAGAUUGAACGGUGUGUGUAUUCGAAUCACUUAGCAUUACAAUUUCAAUUUUAUAGAGAUUUUAAUUUAAUCAUUAGCCAUUGCAUAACUUAUUACGUUCCCGCUGCUUCAAAUUUGUAGAAUUUAUUAUUUUAUACAAGAUAUAUUUGAAUGCUAGAACAGCCAGAAGACGUGUUGUAAGUCACGCGUCGGUAAGAUGAACGAAAGUCAUAAGUGCACAAGAAGCGGUUGUUUUGUAUAUACAAUUUAGGUCUGUUAAGGUGAAAUCUCGAGUUAGUCAUAAUUUUGCUUUACUAAAUGUGUACAUUUGUUUUUCAUAAGCCCAGUGCGGUGUUACUCUAACUAUUUUCGCAAUUUGUACAGAAUUAAUUAGGGUUUCAUAUAAAAAAUCAUCAGUAUUUAUUUUAAUUCACCCAACAACAUAGCCUGAGUAAUGAAUUAGUACGAAUAUUGAAACGAAUGAAAAAAUCGAAUUGAAGGUAUAGCUAGUUCCAAGUGGCGUUAUCAUCGUUAUCAAAUGAAAUACAAAUUUCUGCAUAACACGAACACUAAUCAAGCAAAAUGAGCAAAUGAAGAUUUUAGAGGGCAUGGAACGUAUCUGUGGUGAAUAGGCACUCUUCCAUACAAAUGAAACAUAGAUUUCUACAUCACACAAACACUAAUCAAGCAAAUGGAACGAAAUUUGGCAUGUGGAAGUUUUUGGGAGCCAUAAAUGUUUCUAUGGAGGUUUGAUACCCUUUUGCUCCUCUCUAAGAGAAGGGCUGCCAUACAAAUGAAACACAAAUUUGUACAAUUACAUAGUGACAAGCGUUGUUAGUCCAUUUGAUGUUUGCGUUAACGAAAUUGAUCUUUGUUUGAAACUUGAAAUGGAUUUUAAUGUGAUAAAACGCACUUCUAUAUUUUCUUCUAUCUAUAUACACCCAGGUUCUUUUUACGCGGGGGAUACGUACCUCGUAAAAAAACCGCGUUGAUUGGAAAAUCCCCAUUAAAAAAACCGUGUUAAUUGGAAAAUCCGCGUAAAAACCACGUUCAUUGGAAAAUCCGCGUAAAAAAACCAUGUCACCUAAUGAUAGAUAUCAAAUGGGACUAUCCUUACGUAGAACGGAAGUAAAAAGUUGAGUGAGAACCCAUAGUUUUUUUUCCAGAAAUUUCGUUGGUUACGGGUUCGGGUUUCCUCACGAAUGAGGUCAUCUGCUAUUGCUAGAAGAUUCCCUUGUGACACUCUACAGCCGAUGCACGUACAAUACCACUGUUGGACCGUCCAGAGCUAAGUAAACAGGGUCAGACAUUCGCGAAUCGCUGACCGUAAAACCCCCGUCCCGUUGUACCGUCCGGUGAGCUCCCCGUUACCCAACACCUAAAAUUCACGUAAAAUUCGUGAUAAGGUGCGGCACUAAUUUCCUUCAUAAGCGCUAAGCUCCGUUGCAAGCACUAAUAACCGUAAUAUGCUCUGAGUGAGCAUAAGAGAGAAAUGUGAGCUGAGGGAGCGAUGUGAUAUUGUACUGGUACCGCGUCAAAAAAUCCGCGUUGAUUGGAAAAUCCGCGGUAAUUGGAAAAACCGCACAAAAAAACGCUUGAACAUACCUGAGUGUAAAUAAAAAUCGCCGAAUGUAAGAGCAAAACUCGAGGAAGGAAUUAUCCGAUUUAGGGCUGUCUUUAUUCUAUCAUAUUUUCUAUAUGAAUCAUUUAUUCCAUGCAACGGAGGAACAUGUUAUUUGUAAUUGGUUUAAAACAUCAUGAACGAGGUUUGUGUUAGAAAAUAUACUGAUAUUGAAAUGACAAGAUGUGGUAGAAGUGCUGGGAAUUUUGUAGUAAAAGGUAAUUUCAAAGGGUGGAUUAGAAGAUCAAUCAAUGAACAGUUCUGCGAUUGGACCCAUGAACGUGCGCUUAGUAAGAAAACGUGACUGUUUGAAAGUAUUGAUAAAAAAAAUUGAGCGGGACGAAGUUAGCCGGGUCAGCUAGUUAUUAAUAAAAAGUAUCCGUAUUCAAAAUCACGACAAAAUAAAGAAAUUCAGAGAGAGAGAGAGAGAGAGAGAGAGAGAGAGAGAGAACAAAGUAUUAAUAAAUGACGCUAGUUAAUGCAUACGUUGAGACGGAAAAAGUUCAGCAGAGAACGUUAAUGCCAUUCAAUAUAACGCAUGUUUUCUAUUCGUCCACCUCAUUCGAUGAGUCCGCCGUCGAACUCGAACAAAUAUCCAGAGUUGUGGUCGAUGGUGUUAUCUGCUCAGUACGCAGCCGCAAAGCACUCAAGCUUCUGAUCAUCAUCCCCUAGGUUUCACAUUGUGUCCAUCGUGCCUUCGAUGUAACGUUCCAAUCCGCCUCGGAUGGUUCCUGGACUCUUCUGCUCAGAAUCGACGUAACAGUUGAUACAAGACGACGAAUAUCAGGUUUGGUGAUAAAGAAGACAUAGAGCAAUAUCCCAAUCAAACUUUAAUAUGCUUCCGGCGAAUCCUACUUCCAACUAUUCUUCUUCUUUUCAUUCAGAAAGCAAGGGUCCGUCGAGUAUUUGGACGACUCCGCAUCAUGCAUACCGAGCCGCGCCAGAACUCGCUCCAAAUAGGCCUGCUGAUCAAUACAGCAGUGCUCAACACGUAUUCCGAGGACAAAUCGCCGGUUAUCCAUGACGUUGAUCGUGAAGUUAUAUUUCAGUGCUUCGACGAUCUCAGCGAACUCCUUCCCUUUGUAGCAGAUUACAAUAACGUCAUCAACGUAAAUAAGCACAAAGACACGGCUAACCGCUCCCAGCUAAAAAUAAAGGCGCGGCGUGCCAUCGACUGGUAGAAGGUCAUAUUUUUUUUUAUCUGUAUUUUAGUGAUUUUCAACUCAAUUUGGCUGGUUCGUCACUUUUACUUCCAUUUUUGGAAGAAUGUCGGGAGUGAGAAUUGAACUCGUGACCUUUAGCGUGAGAGGCAUGGAUGCCAGAUCGCCUCCACUAGAAGGUCAUAUGUUUCAAUACCUCGUCUAGCUACAUGUUCCAAACGUGGACUGCUUGUUUGUGUCCGAAGAUGCUUCGUCGUAACCGAAAGACUUCGUUUGGUUUUUCGCCCGCAUACCCCGGAGGCUAACGCAUGAAGAUCUCCUGUAGCCGCGCUUUGAACCGGACCAUUUUGCCUUCAUGUAAUUUCUUGCUUUCAUGUAAUUCAUUUUUCCUGAAUUCCUCCAUGGUUUGGGAAACUGUUCCCUCCUUCUUGAAGAUCCUUUUCACAAUCGCCCAGUAACGUUCAAUUGGUCGGAGCUCUGCUAUUCUUGCCAAAAUCAGGCCAAAACUUCACCGGACGUUUGUGAGAUUUACGAGAUUUACGGAAGGAGACGUUUCUGCAAGCAUUCUUCCCUGUACAUUUUCGAGUCCAUUGUCUUGGUUAUGACGAGAACCUUGGUUUUCCGUCCACAGCUGCAAAUCCCUUGGCAAAUCAACUUUAAUUUGCUGGGGGCAUUUCCUCUGACAGUGGCAUCAUAGAAUCUCAGGCCUGGUUGCUGUUCAAAAUCCAUCAUUACGUACACCCAACCUAGCGUGGACAGAUAAAAUAUCAUCUUUGCCAGACAAAAUGCUUUUUCGUGUGCUGAAGGGUGAAAUGCACAAAAAAGCACUUUUUUCAAAAGUGUUAAAAUGAUUGUAUGUAUGGAGCACACCUCUAAUUCUCUCUGACUGAACGUAAGCUUCGAAUUGUAUGAAAAAGCCUAAACAAUGCCAAACAGGAAUCGAACAAAAGCCGACAGGGAUGAAUUGCUGUUUUAUACGACCACGCGAUCUACAUAACCACUGGUGCUCUUGCACAAAUCCUUGAGAAUAUUACACCACAUUAUAAAAUAAAGUUGUAUCUUAAAAGUAUACAUGAAAAGUGUUUUCUACAAGAGGUUGCCAGGAUUGCCGCCUUUUUGUAGCCAGCAUAGAAAAUCAUGAGCAUAGAAAUCAUAACUUAAAAUUAAAAAUAAAGUACAGUAUUUUAAUCAUAAAUCGGAAAAUGAAGCUUCCGGAUGGAUAUUCAAACAUCUAAGAACUAUCCAACGAAAUCAUUGGCCACAGGCUAUCGCAAAUGCUGAACAUAUUUGCAUCAAUAUUGACUCCAAACAAUAAACAAUGCGUGAGCCCUAGCUUUAUGCUGCCUACGCUCAAUUUGUUGAGAUAGAGUUGCCAGGGUUCUGGUUUUCUGAGAAUAAAAAGGAGAGUAUAAACGUGAACUUGUAUCAUUUUCGCGACGGGGGCCGUUUAUAUGGCAAAGUAUGCGAAAAGGGCUAAUGCGUGCAAUGUAUCUCUUGUUCCGCUCACCAAUAUUGUUCUCAUAUUGUUAUGGCAUAUAUAUUAUACACAAACUUGCCUUUCGCCUGAGUAAAUGCUAUAGAUAGCAUGUAAAAUCAUUUUUUCGUGUCUCUGCCUGUGGCCGUUGUCCACGCAGUGCUCAGCUCAAUCGCAUCUAAUUAAUUCGAUACCGUUCCCCAGUGAUGUAUAGGUUCGAUUCAACAGCUCAGAAUAAAUAACCUGACCUGAUCCACAAAAUACCCAACAUAACCUUCGCAGCGUGAAAAUUUGGUCGAACGUAGAAACAUGACCGGACAGACCCCAUAAAUUUUGAUAAAUUUUCAUAAUAAUUUUCAUUGUAAUGAAAAUAUAAACGUAAAAAAUCAGACAUCUGCCCAGAUCGGAAUCAAAUGUUCAUACGGAAGUUCCUUAUAUGGGAGUAGUGAUUUCGGAAGAUCUUCCGACAAGUUCCUAGAAUUUCGAACAAACAGAGACGGAAAGUUAAUACUCACAUCUAGUGGGAUUGGUGCUUUCAAACUAUCUGGCGGUUGUCUGAUGGCGUAACAUGGGCUGUAACAUAUGACACAUAUAACUGGCAUAUACACGCAAAAGUGAAGGCGAUAUACGUAGAGUAAUGCGGGGUAAAGGUGCGCAUUGGCCAUUUUGAGGCAUACGAGCAUAAAAUUUCGACAACAGUGUAGUCGUUUGAUACAUUAUUACACCAGCAGCUCACACAUAUAAAAAAAAGAUACAUUUUAUGAAAGUGGCAGAAAGUUAUGAGGUAAAACGUAUUUUGCGAUGUUUUGAUUUAAUUUUUUCAGUUUUGGAGAAGACGAUUUACUUACCUAAAAUAACUGGAAAGUUCGAAACUACACUGUCAAGGAAACCUUUAUUGUAUAGUAGAUGAUAGUGCGUAUUCGUUUUUGUGAAAAAAUUCAAGAGCUUUUUUUAAAAAUUCGAUUAGUUCAAAAAUUGCUUGUGUGGCAAAGAUGCGCAGUGGCUGUGGAGUAAAAACUCGCACCAGCGUUUUGCUCUGAAAAAAAAUUUAUAAAAUGUUUUCAACAAAAUUUUUAACGGGACCCACAUGAAGAAAACUGAUUUGAAGAAAUGCACUCCAUAAAUGCUCAAAUGGCCCGACAGAGGCUUCGGAAGGGAGUCUCGAAGUGUCGGAUUGCGGCAGACCUCGGUAUUCCUGAAUCAACUCUGAUUAAGAGGCUCAUAUCAGAAAGUGAUUUAUGAUUUGAACCUUCUUUUAUUGACAUUCCUACUUCUGCUGGAAUGUGUCAGCGAGCACCUAGUGCGGUUCAGAUAGGUAUUUACGAGUGAGCAGUCUGAGGUUCUGCAGGCCACUGGACAAAGUUUUCCAUGGUAUGACUUUUAAAGAUUUAUUGCGCAUGGCGUUCGAUUUUCCGGAAGCCAACAACCUCUAGCACGAGUUCAACAAAGAAUCCCCAGAACUGAAAUCCAAGAUGAGGAAUAAAAAUGAACAAUUGCUUAAAAAUAAUUCAAAAUGAAUUUCAAAUGAAAACUCUUUUUAUUUUCACCAUGCAUUCAAUUCAAUAACGGUUAUGUUUCGUAUAUGUUUAUGUUUUCACAAUGAACUUCAAAUCAAUAUUGUUUUUUUUUUCAACAAUGAGUUUCAAAUAAAUCAAUUGAAGGUAACUAUGUAUUUAUAAUUUGAUCUAUAUAAAUAAAAAUGAUUUGGUGUCCGUUCCUCACGAUUUAACUCAAGAACGGAGCCACGGAUUUAAACAGUCAGUAUCAGGAUUGAUGCGUCUUAGUCUGCAUCAGUUUAUAUGUCAAAACAGAAAUUAUAUUCCGCGAGUAUAGAUUAAGUACAUAAAAAUAAUUUCUGUGGGAACUUGAGUGUUCGAAAUGGUUUAUAUCAAUAUAUCAAUUGUGGGUGGGAUGAAGUUCGCUGGGUCAGCUAGUUUGUUAAUAAAAACAAAUUAUGUUUUAAAUGUUGGACAUUUUCGGAUAUCUUAUAUUGUCAGUCUCCUUCCUCCCAAAAAUUUCCAUGUGUUAUGUUCGACCAUAACACCCACUCUUCUCCACCCAUAAAAAAACCAAAGAACACCCCCCUCCUGCCUACUGGACUGUGCCUACACUCUCUAGUAAUGAUGCUUCUCCCGCUUCUGAUGAUAAAGCAUUUAUUUUUGGUAUAAGUUAUCUCAGAAGUUCAAUUCAAUAAGUGCAUACCUUUGCCCCGUACGGUGCGCACCUUUGCCCCCACUAUGGGGAAAAGGUGCGCAUUUGCCUUUUUCUAUUAAAAAAUGUAUUUGUCCAAUUACAAAAACAAAUCGAGAAAUGCUUGUACUACGUUUCGAAGGUAAUAUAUACAAUUUGUUACAAUUUGGUAAGCAAACGGAAUUCUAUUUGCUUUUACGAGGGUCACUAUUUAUAUUUCGGGAAUAGGAACAAAAACAAAUAGUUAAGCUGCGAAUAUAUUUUUAUUGUUUUUCAAAGUACUCGCCACGAUGAUCGAUACACUUUUGCAUGCGCAUAAACCAAUUUUCAAAGCAUUUAUUCCAAUCGACACGAGCCUUUUUUUGAGCGAUUGUCAAAUUAUGUGGGAUCCAACGUGAACAUAAUUUUCGCACAACUAAGGCGGCGGUGACACUGGAUGCAGAAAAGUGGUCGUACGAAUUGUAUGCAAUAGUGAAGCUAAACAACCACAUUGAGUUGUAUUGGUGUGAUUACAUUGCUUCCCCCUUGCUUCGUUCGUAUUCGUCAGCUUCUAUCGAACAAAAUUGUUUGUUUCUAUUCGUACAAUCAAAUUCUCGUGCGUACUCCUAUCCAAAAUAACCUUAGCCUAAGGCCGGUUACACAUUAUCCGGUUUCUGCCGGACCGGUUGAAACCCAAAUGGCAAAUUUCGACCGUAACAACCUCUUUACGGCGCCGUGAUGCAGCCGUCUACUGCGACUGACGGUUUUGUGUAGUGCGAGGACUUUUUCACAUUGUUAUCCGUCCAAACCCAGCGGCGUUUUUUGAAACCGGUCCGGCAGAAACCGGAUAAUGUGAAAUCGGCCUAAGUGUUCAUGUAAAAUCGCAUAUAUGCUGGUGGAACUAAUGCUUAGGGAUGCCUCAAUCUCACAAUAGGUUACAUGACGAUCUUGCUUAAUCAUUUCGUGCACAGUAUCGAUGUUUUCUGGCACUACAGUCGAUUUUGGACGACCUUCACGAAACUCGUCGGACAGCGAACUUCGACCACGAUUGAAUUCACUAUACCAGCGAUACACAGUGGUUUUUGAUGGAGCUUCAUCGCCAAAAGUCAAAUUAAGUUGAUUGACGCACUCUUGUUGUGAUAAUCCACGUCGAAAAUCGUAAAAAAUCAUCGCACAAAAAUGUUCACGAUUCAGUUCCAUUUUUUUGCCGAGACCAAACUUUCAACUAAAUAUAAAAUAAACAAAUAGCGUCCGUAUGACAAAAUGUUCUGAGUACGUAUAUCGUCAAAAAUGUCAAACUUAACGAUGGAACCGUCAGAUGGACUCACAUGACAUCAGUGUUGCCAAUUCCCGAAAUAUAAAUAGUGACCCUCGUAUUUCAAGAGUUAUUGGACGAUAACAGUUAGGUGCGCACCUUUGCCCCGCAUUACUCUAUAUGUCAUAUUUUAUGCACAUAUAAAUAUAACGAUGAACGAUGCUUUUUGGACUGAUAUGCGAUUUGACCCGACAAUGCUAUAUAAAAUGAAUAGAAUGUGCGUAUACAAUACUCACAUUGCGAUGAUCGUUAUACCGAUCUACGACUCAAUCCAUCAAUGAUAUUGAAAAUCAUUUUUCCAUUUUAUACGAUUUCGGGUACACAUGAUGCAUUCUAUACGAUUGUAAUUUGAAUUUAUAUACGACCUAGCAUGUGCAAAAGUUAUAUGAUUCAAUGUUUGCUGGGAUGUCCUUACGUGACUAGUAAACCACUCGACUUAACCCUUUGCGGUCGUUUAUCUGCUCUUGGUUACUACAGCAAGGAAUCAUACUAAAUACUUUAUUCCUCUCCUCUCUUUCUCGCGUUACGUUAUUUGUGCACGACGCCUUAUAGCAGUAUCUCCUAGCACUUUUUGGAGUUUCAAACGAUGUCUUCAACGAACGAAAGGAAGAAAAUCAACACUUCCCGCAAAUGACCAUUGUUUGGCCUAAAAUCAGAAAAUGGAGAAGGGUUCCAAUAUCCCCUUAUUCUCCAGACAUGGCUCUCACGGACUACAUUUUUUUUCCUUUAUUUGAAGAAAUGCCUGGCGGUAAACCGAUUUCAUUCAAACGAAGAGGUGAUAGCAGAAACGAAUUGAACGAACUUUUCAGUUCAGCGGCCAUUUCAAAUACAGUGCGUUUGGGUUUUCGUCAAAAUCAUACUCUGAAGAUCUCUAUCAUUCGUUAACUCUUAACUAAACUGUUCCGUUGUCGAUAGAAGAGGGCCGCCAAAUAUAUUGGACACGGAGAAAAUGUCAGUGAAAACUUAAGCUUUCCAAUGCAGGCAACCGUCAAUAGAGAACAGUUUGCUCAAAUAGGAACGCACCUUAUAUUCUAAUACAUAUGCACUUUCCUAGAAUUGACACGGCAUUGUCCGACAAAACUUACGUUCUCAUAAAUUCAUGCAAACCGAAAUAUGGGUUUCCGUCAUAUUUUCGUAUCGUGUCGUUCUGCUUCAGGUUCAGAUAUUGCACGCACACCUAACUUGCGGAAAGCAUUAAUAACAUUGUUUAUAUCCAAGUUUAGAUUCAAUAGCAAGAUUUAAAGAACUAUUCACAUAAAUAACGAAAUUGAGUUUUAACUCAAUAAGUAACUGAACCAUGAUGUUGUGGUUCCGAGGCAUAACACUUUUUAUAAUACAAAGGUUUGGCACACAUUUUCCCCAGUUUAAUUGUUCAUAAUUGUGAACGUCAUUUAUCGGUAACAGAGAUCCAACAUUUUGUUUUGAUAAAAAAUGGAAUCGAUUAGCGCCACUUGAAAUUCUAUACAAAAAAUCCAAGUGAAAAGUAUUAUUUUAUAUAGUAACAACAAACAAAUAGCACAAAUUCUAUACCCGUCUAAGGAGCUACGCAAUUUAUCAUACUGUACAUUAUUCAUAACUGUCGUAUAUGUCAUAUGCCCUACUGAACUAAAACUAAAUACGUUAGCUCUCUUGAAUUUGUAUAUAAAAAUAUCUUGAAACUAUUACCCACGGAAUCCAGUCAUUGCACAGAAAGUAUUAAACACUAAAUUUAACAGCCAAUCGGCACAAACAAUGCUGUUCAAAACUAUAUAAUGAAACUGUUCUCUUGCAAGAUUUCCGGCAUGAGCAACUUUUACAUUCCAUCCCAUCUAAUCAUACAACCAUGAAAGGUAUACUUAAAGUUUAGAAUAGCGAAAUAAACAACAUUAAAAUGUUUUCGGACAAUAAACACGAAAAUCUUAAGACUCAAAUACCCGCAAAGUAGGUGUUAUAAAUUCUCAGUGAUGACGUAGCAAAAAAAAACUACAUAAAGGCGAUGGACACAUUCAUAUGACAGAGCGUGUGGAACAGACCAAACCUACGAUUACCAGUUUUACACUAGCAAAUCAAAACACGGAAAUCGUUUUCCGGCAAGAAAGCGGAAGUGUCGAUGAACGUAUCCACAAAACGUGCUAAUUUAAGUCCAAAUAUAACUAACACCUAAUCGAAGGAAAUCGCCAGUAGUUGCAUACCAAUCGUUUUCAUCAAUUACUGUGUCGAAGAGAAGCUCCCUUUUGAAAAUGAUUUCUCACCUAUGGAACCAUCGAAUACUUUCGAAAUAAAACAAACGUCAAACUCAAAAACUUAUUUUAAAUCUACUUACCUUAUCAGAACGUAGUAAUUGUUGAUUCGAGCAACGGAAAAUGAUCUCUUCAUAUAAUAACAACGAUAUAUUUAAUUGUGUACUAGAUGCGUAAGACAAAAUUCGAAAAAAGAAUGAAAUAAAUGAAAAGUUUGAUCGCGAGAAAAAGAAUACAAAGCACAAACUACAAAGUGUUUUUAGAGUUAACGAAUAAAAUUCAAUAGGUAAGAAUUUCAGCAGUAAUAACAACGGUGAAAGUCUAGUAACAGUGAUUUAUUAUUUGGAUGGCUAAACCGUAUACGAUUGUUCCUACGUUUUAUUUGUGCACAAAGAAUAGAGGUUUGAAUGUGAUGAAGAUAUAUGGUAAUGAGGAGACAAGAAAAAAUAAUAACUAGAAACUGUAAGAAUUGUAUUGCAUAAACCAUAACUCAAGAACAGUGAACGAUGUAACA